AUGCUCAACGAUGACAGUCAAGAAGUUUUUGAGGAUGACAACAGUUCGGUUAAUACCACCCCCAGUGUUACCGAACCAUCCACGUCUAAUAAAAAGAAAACAUUAGUCCAAAUGUUUCUGGAAUCGAAUAAAGAGAUAUCGAAUGUUAUGCGCGAGAGCAUAGAUAUACAAAGAAAUAAUGAUCAACGACAGUAUAAUGACGAGCGUGGAAAUGAGGCAUUAUUCCGUUCGAUGCUACCACUUAUGGACAAAAUAAAAGAAGAUUAUUAA